AUGGCGCCCAAGAUCGCAAUUGUCUUCUACUCGAUGUACGGCCACAUUCGGCAACUCGCCGAGGCUGAGAAGGCCGGAAUCGAGAAGGCUGGCGGCACUGCCGAUCUUUACCAAAUCCCCGAAACACUGUCUGAGGACAUCCUGACAAAGAUGCACGCGCCGCCCAAGCCAACAGACAUCCCCGUCCUGGAAGACCCAGCGACAUUGGAACAAUAUGACGGCUUCCUGCUGGGUGUUCCCACACGGUACGGCAACUUCCCCGCGCAAUGGAAGACCUUCUGGGACAAGACCGGCAAGCAAUGGUCGACGGGCGGCUUCCACGGCAAGUAUGGCGGCGUCUUCAUCUCGACGGCCAGCAUGGGUGGCGGCCAGGAGUCUACUGCCAUUGCCAUCAUGAGCACCUUCGCCCACCAUGGCAUCAUCUACGUGCCCCUUGGCUACGCCAAUGCGUUCGCUCAGCUGACCGACAUGUCGGAGCCGCGCGGCGGCACCCCGUGGGGCGCGGGUACCUUUGCCGGUGCCGACGGCAGCCGCCAGCCGAGCGACAAGGAGAAGGAGAUUGCAACGAUCCAGGGCGAGUCAUUCUACAAGACGGUCGCGAAGUCUGUUGGUGCGUGA